UAAUUAAUUAAACGACGGAAGCCAAGUAUUACAAUGGAUUUAAAAGAAGAAGACGAAAGUGCGAACGAAAGUGGCAGACAAUUGUUUUUAGUGGGUGCACCGCGCGAUCCUCUGGUAUCUACUGGAGCGAUCGUAGCUUCUGCUGGAGCACCUGACGAGAUCAACCCUGGGGGAGAUCUACAGUCGACUGCUCUAGCUGGUCUGAUAGGCGCUCAAUCUUCCUCGGUUUGCUUUCCUACAAAAUUCUCAUACGACUUUUCACCAAGUCCUGGAAGCGAAGACAGGCAGUCGUCCGGAGUUGGUAAAAGGAAACAACGUAGAUAUCGUACUACGUUUACGAAUUUUCAAUUGGAAGAAUUGGAAAGAGCUUUUCAGAAGACACACUAUCCUGAUGUAUUCUUUCGGGAAGAGCUUGCUCUACGUAUCCAAUUGACAGAAGCCAGAGUACAGGUAUGGUUUCAAAACAGAAGAGCGAAAUGGCGUAAACAAGAAAAACAGUGUAAAGUAACCACUCACUUGGCUUCCCAUUUACCACCCUCGGAGUGUCAAGAAUUACAGCAACAACAGCAGCAGCAACAGCAGCAACAACAACAAUCGGAUCAUUUGUUACUGGAACCACCAUUGGGUAGCCCUCCACCUAUAUAUCUUGGCAUGGAAUGGGCAGGAUUUUCACCAUAUAGUAAUACAGCCACAGCAUCACCUCUUGUGGUCAAUAGUAUGAACAAACCAUUGGAAUCUGAAGCGGAUGAUAAUCCUUUGCUAGAUCCAGAACUGUUGCAAUUAAAAACUCCACGUUCCUAAUAACAAUAAUCUAAACUCAUGAUGUAGUGUCUCACCAGUAACAUACCUUACUACAUUAUAUGUAUAAUAUUUUUUAAAGGUAAAGUGGAUAGUGCAAACAAUUCUUUGCAAUAUCACCUGAAUUUUACCAUGUAUCGUGCAAUAUAUAACCGCAAAAAGUGUUAUAUGUUAUUACCGGUUUCAACUGGUAUAUACGCGUAUAAUGUAAUUGAAAAACGAGGGACCAAAGACUUAUUAUUAAUAAUGUGACAAAAAAAAUUAAAAGUCAAAAGUGUAUCUGGAAUAUUGUUAUAUAGAUUUUGUAAAAAUAUAUAGAUUUAUUCUUCUUAUGGAUUCAAUGAAUCUUUAAGUAAAUAGUGAUAAUUGUAUUGUACAUUACAAUCAAAUAAAAAAAUCAAACUUUUCAUCCUUGGGAAAGCAACCAAUGAAACCUGUACCAGCAUAAAAUAGUAACAUCAUCUUUAUUCCGUGCGCAUAUAUUACAAAUCAUUGAAUCAACUAAGUUAUUAAUUUGUUGAUUUAGGAGCAAUUAAGCAGUUCAGGCUACUUUCCCUGAUCUUUCAAACAAUUCGGUUUAGAGAGUAUCGUUAAUAAGAAUAUCGUUUCCUUCUAUAUUAGAUUAAACGCAUGUUCGAUAAAAUAAAAAAAAAAAAAAAAAAAA